AUGUGUGCAACUAAAUAUUUGCAAGCUGUAAAACAAUAUAUAGAAAUGUGCAGCAAAUCGAAAAACUUCAUGCAAUUCGCUGGAGGACUGCGACCACUUGCCGUCUCAGAAGGACGUGUGAAAGUGGAAUUCGAAGUAACGCCCACUAUGACGAAUCCUUGGGGUGGUCUCCACGGCGGAUGUACGGCCACUCUCGUCGAUGUUGUCACGACUGCGGCCUGUCUUGUAACCCCAAGAGGGAAGCCUGGGGUCAGCGUAGAUCUCCAUGUGACAUACCUGGCAGCAGCCCGAGAAGGCGAUUCUUUGAUAGUGGAUGCCGAAGUGAUUAAAGCCGGCAAAACCCUUGCAUUUACUAGGGCUGAUCUCAUCCUGAAAGACAAGAACCAAAUAGUCGCGACAGGCCUCCAUACAAAGGCAUUCCCACCGGAAAAGUAA